UAAAACCUAAGCCCAAAAUAGGCCCAAUUCUUUCUCUCUCUCUUCAGAUCGGCGCCUCCACUCUCUUUCUCUCAGUCGCCACCACCGCCACCGCGCCCAUCUCCCUCACUCCUCAGCCUGUUGCCGGAUUCCAAGAACCUUGCCUCACCUACCCGCCGUCCAGCCUCUUUCCCUCCCUCCUCGCCCGCAUCAUAGGGGACCCACGACUCUGAAUUUUCAUAUCAGAUCUUGUUGCAGGAACCAUGCCAAAGGUGAAGACAAACCGAGUAAAGAUACCAGAGGGGUGGGAGUUGAUUGAACCGACUCUUCGUGAACUGCAAGCAAAGAUGAGAGAAGCUGAGAAUGACCCACAUGAUGGUAAAAGGAAAUGCGAGGCCCUAUGGCCUAUUUUCAAAAUAGCCCAUCAGAAGAGUAGAUAUAUAUAUGAUCUCUAUCACAGGAGGAAGGAAAUCUCAAAGGAAUUAUAUGAGUUCUGCUUGGAUCAGGGUUAUGCAGAUCGUAACUUAAUCGCUAAGUGGAAAAAGCCUGGUUAUGAAAGGCUUUGUUGCCUGAGGUGCAUGCAGCCUAGAGACCAUAACUUUCAAACUACUUGCGUCUGCCGAGUCCCAAAGCACUUACGUGAGGAAAAGGUUAUUGAAUGUGUGCACUGUGGCUGUAAUGGCUGUGCAAGCGGGGAUUAAGGACUGCACUAACUCCAGCUAGCACAGCCGAAAACUGAAUCAACGAGCACAACGCAUUUGUACUGAAGUUUUCAGGCACAACAUUUCUAAACUCUUGUUUAUGGUUAAACUUGAAAACAUGUUCACUUUUUCUGUUUUCAUUUGACAUUGUGGCGAUGUAAUGAAAGUAUAUUAUCUGAUUAAUGUCAACUAUGUUAGCAUAAAA